CGCUGGGAAAACGUGGUAAACCAUCUUUAUGAUGGCAACUUUCGAUGUAACGAAUCCUUGAACAAUUUUAAGCGUGUCAGUCGUCUUAUCCAAUCAUUGUAGAGUUUUGUUAGAAAUCGUCCCUUGUUUAUCUAGUAUUUUAUAAGCGGUAAGUAACUAAAGAAGAAGACAAAUAACAAAGUACCUGUUGUACACAAAAGAUAGCGGAAUGUAGUAGAAUGUACGUUCACCGCGAAUAUAAACGACAUGAUGGGUACCAAAACAUCGUGUGAUUAUAUUUCCAAUUCCAACGAUGCAGGUAUCAUGGGAAGAAAUAGUCCCGCUGCUUUAUUGGAUAUGUUGGCAGAAGUUGCAUCUCGUACUUUAUAUUCGGAAAAAAAGGAGAUGAAAUCAUUAUUAACCUCACCAUGUAAAACUAAAUCAGACGUUAUAAAACGUAAAACUCAAGAAAUGUGUUUAAAUGUACCUCAGCUUUUAUCUAUGCCAAUGUCCCAGUUGGUGAAACAAUUUUCUGUCUCGACUAGCGAUGAGCUUAAAAGACAGUUUUCAUAUACUUGUACGCUAGUAGAUGGUUGUGAUCAAAAAUAUACAAGUUUUGCCAGUGAAGGAAAAGCUAGGAAAUCUAUGAAAGCACAUUUGGCUGAGCAUUUAGAAUAUUUAAGGACUAAUGAACAAGCUUAUUAUACUUUUACCACAAAACCUAUAAAAUAUAAAAACUUAAAAUCAAAUUUGCAAAAUAAAAAUGGACGUUUACAACAAUCAAGGAAAUCUAGAAGGACUUUAAAUAAAGAAAACAAAGGUGUAAUGAUAGAACAAUCUUCAGAUUAUUUGCAUAAGGUUUUGUCAAAUGAUACAAAUUUUCAAAAGUUUGAAAAAGAGAAAGCUAUAGAAAGAACAGAAGAUUUUAAUAGCUUGGGAACAAAGAAAACUGAACAUGUAGAUGUCAAAGUUCUUGGUGAUCAUAGUUACUUUGAACAUUUAAGAGAAGAAGCUUCAAAUGAAACAGAAAUAACAUCAUCUGAUAAUAUACUUAAUAAUUCAUCAAGAGAAGAAAAUAUUGUAUUAAUGGUGGUUGGUGCUGACAGCAUACGUAUGAAGGAGUAUUCUCAUAUUAAGGGCAAAAUAUCUGAUAAUUUAAAGCAUCAAGACACAGGAACAUUAUACAUAUCAGAUGUACCUUGGAUAGAAGAAAGUUGCAAUAAGAAAAUGGACAUGCCUACAAUUGCCAAACCUAAAGGAAAAGCGAAAUUUAUAGGAACCAGUAAAGAAGAACGAGAAUUAGCAUUAGCUUUUAUGGACCGUAUAAAGAAAAAAGGAAAUCCAACUGGCAGUAAUCUUCAGUGCCACAUUUGUGAUCCCCCACGUAGUUUCACAGCACCUACUACACUAGUAUCUCAUUAUCGAAGUCAUGCAGGAAUAAAACCAUAUGAAUGUCGGAUAUGUAGAGCAGUUUUUACAAGAAGACAUAGUUUGAAAUAUCAUAUGUUGAUUCAUCAAAAUCAAACAAGGUUCACAUGUGCUGAUUGUGGGAAAAAGUUCAGACAUCCAUCACAUUUUAGAGAACAUCGCCGCAGACAUACUGGAGAAGCUCCUUUUGGUUGUGAUGAUUGUGGUCAAAGAUUCAAAACAAGGAACACUUAUAAACGUCACUUAAAAACACGUCAUGGAAAAGUUCUUACUACUACUGGUGAACUUUUGUUCCUUUCUGAAGAAGAUUUUCAAAAAGUACGGACUAAUAGAAAGAAAAAAAUAGACCAUCAUGAUAUAAAAAGCAUAGCUAUAGAUGAAAAUAUAAUAGCUACCAGAGCAAUUAUGAAUUUUCAAGAUAAUAUUGAACCACAGGAAAUAAAUAAUGACGUUUUAGAAGAAUAUAUCAUUAAUAAAAAUUGUGAUGACAGUAGAAUUAACAAAGCUACUGAUACGAUACAAGUUAUAGAUAAAUAUUUUGAAAAUUAUGAUAUUUGUUCAAUACCAUUUCUAAACAAGACUGAACAUCUAGAAGAAGGUGUAUCUUUAGAUGAUAACGACGAUAAUAAUAUUACAGAAUCAGAUCAAAAAGAAGAUAUAGAUAGAAUGCAAAGUGACUUUCAAAAGAAUUCUUAUGAUAAUCUAACAGUAAUAAAAACUAUGGAAAAUCAAACCUUAUUAAAUAAAUCUAUAAGGAAUGAACAUAAAGUUAUAUGUGAAUAUUUAAAUAAAGAAUCAUACAUAGAAUCAUUUUAUAAUAAUGAGCACCUUCAAACAAGUAAAGAGACAAAUAAUCAAGAAGGUAUUGAUUUGCUUCAACAUCAAAUAAAUAAUCACCUGCAAUUAGUAGAAAAUCAUAAUACAGAUUAUAAAACUACGUCAAAUAGUGAAGGGCAAAAUGUUGAAUUUGUAUUACAUUUAACGAAAAAAAUGGAACUAGGAAUGAUAGAUAAAGGUACUAAUUGCAAUAUAAGUACAGAUGAGGAAAAUGAAUUUUCAAAUUCAUAUAAUGAAAUACAGUCUCAAGAAAAUGAAAGCAAUGUGGAUACAUAUAUUCAUGAAGGAAAUUUUAUAAGAAAGGAUAAUUUACAAUUGCAUAUAGCAGAUGAAUUAAUUGAAAAUUCCAGACCUCAACAUGAUAAUGUUCCAGAUAAUUUAGGAAAUCAUAUUUUAAUAAGAAAUACAAAUAUCAAGAAUUAUAAGCAUAAUAUAUUAAAUUUAAUGAAUAAUGAGACAUCUGCUGCUAUAAAGAAUAUGAACACAAAUCAAAUAGAUCAAAGUAAACAACAAAUAUAUAUUGAUACAGAUAUGCUAAAUAACAUUGUUAUGCAAAAUAAGUGUAUCCAAACUUUGCCAUGUAAUUUCACUUUAUGCUAUCAACAGAAUCAACACAAAUUGCAAGUAAAUGAAUCUGCAAAAGUUACUGUGCUUAAUAAGUGUACACAAGGAAUUAACUUAAUACAAAAUGGGAAACAAAGUGCAAUUUUAUUAUUAUCAAAUAAUACUUCAAAAAAUGGUAUAUUGCAAAUUAAAUAAAAUAAUUUUGAUAUUGUUAAUAUAAAAGAAUAAUACUAACAAAUAUAAAUAAUAACACCAAAUAUCUGCAGGAAAGUAGCAAUACUGAUAAUCUUACAGGUUUGCACAAUUUUAUAUUUGUGCAUUUAAUAAUAAACAUUAAAAGAUAAAAUAAAUUUUACAGAUCUAAUUCUUAAAUUAAAUCUAAUUUUGGAAUCAGAUUUGUCUCGUCAUUUUUUUGUAAUCUACAAUGUUUCUAUAAAUGGUAUAUAAGCCAUUAUGUUAUAUGUGUCUGAUUAUUCCCACAUAGAAUAAAAAAUAAUAAUUUCGGAAAAUUAAUUACUAAUAACGUUUUGAUUUUUCAUACUAGAUGUAUGUUGCUGGUUUAGCUUAAAGUAUUUUGUGUAUAUGGUGUACAUAAGAUUACACACAGGAAGAGGAUAUAUGUUUAACAGUUUUUGGUAACCAUAAAAUUUAAAUACGUAUGUAAGUCUUAACAAUAUAAAUAAUGUUUUCUAUAUCUAGAAUAAUACUUUAAAACAUUAAAGUGUUGCCUAAUUUUUAUUAAUAGUAAUAAUACUGUUCCUCUUAUCAUAUAAGUAAUAUGAAAAAAAUAAUUAUUUUUCAUUCAUUUAUUUCAUUUUUAUAGUAACAAGAUAUACAAAUUUAUGAUAAAAAAUCAUGAAAGUGCUAUUGUAUAUCUGUUUCAAUUAUUAUUAGUUUAGUAAAAGAUCUGAAAUUAUAUAAUUGUAACUAAUAUCUAUUUUUAUAACAUUAUCUAUAUAAAAAUAAGACCAAUAUAAUCUUUAUAUAAUUAGUAGAAAUAUUAUAAAUAAUUUAAUCUAUAGAAAUGUGAAGUAAUUUAAAUUCGCUAAAAACCGGAAUGUUUUAUAUUUUGCUUUGAAAUAACUACUUAACACAGCCAUCAAAUAAAAGUUAUGUAAUAUAGCUUUUAAUUUAAAAAAGUUUAUUUGAGAUAUCCUGUGCAAUGAAAUAUAAUGUCAUGUCAUAUUAAAUAUUCUAUACCUUUGAUAUUAUAUAGUUAAUUAAUAAUAUUAAUGUAGUAGCUUGUCUUUCAUAAAAAAUUUCGGAUAUAUGUGAAAUCUACUUAUUAAUAAUCUUUAUCAUAUGCAAAUCUAGCUGUAGUAUAAGAUUAGUAACAUAAUAUAUAAGAAAUACUCAGUAAUUUUUAAAAUUUUUUGUCAUGGUAAUAACUUUUUCUAGAUACAUAUUCUCGAUAAAAGACUUAUGAAAUAUAUUAUAAGGUUUGAGAAUGUGGAUUAAUUAUAUCUCUAUAUUAUAGAAUUUGUAAUUUAGAAACCAAUGUGCCAAAUUUUCCACAUCUCAUUUUUUAAAACAUCUCUGGCCCCAUAAUUAUAGAGUCUAUUUAACAUUAUCAAAGUUUUUUCUAUAAACAUUCCUGUAAUAUAACAUAUGUUAAUCAAACAUAAGUUAUUAUGUUACAAGCACUGCUACAAUAAUAACAAUUGUUCGUGUUUUAUUUUUUAUAUAUUUUUAUAUAACAUAUAUAAUUAAUAUGAUUAUCAUGUUAGUAAAUUUCAGUAACAUAUUGGAUAUUCUUAUAUAUUAGUUUAUAACUGUUUAAUAUAUAAAAAUUGUUAUCAAUUACUCAUGU